AUGGCGACCGCGAGAAUAGCCGCCGGGACCUCUUCCGCCAUCGCCGGACAUCGCCUCCGGCCUGCCACGGUGUCGCCGCUCGUGUCGAACUUGUCUCGCUCACACCAUCACAGAAGAAACCAGCCUCUUGGCCUUGCCUCCGCCCGUGCCGCCGAGCAUGGUCUCACCGGAGCACACCGCCCCGAGUUCUUCCCUCAUGACCAUUGCCGUCCUCCUCCCUGUUCGAUGAGCGCGAGGAGGACGCGGACGAUGGUAACUUCCGCUUUAGCAAAUGUGGAGGAGGCAUCUGCCGAAGAAAAUGCAUGUCUCCAAAACAUGGAGCGGAAGGCUAGAAUAAGGAAGCAGCUCCUGGAAGCUGAGUUGUUGCCAUCUUCCUACGACACCGCCUGGGUGGCUAUGGUGCCCUUGUCGGGCUCUCCUCAAGUUCCAUGCUUCCCAAAGUGUGUUGAGUGGAUCCUACAAAACCAGCAGAGCAAUGGAUCUUGGGGUCUCAUCCAAAUGGACUCCUCCGUCAACAAGGAUGUCCUCUCAUCCACAUUGGCUUGUGUGCUGGCACUUAAGAGAUGGAAUGUUGGUGGUGAGCAUAUCAAGAGAGGACUAUGUUUCAUCAGAAGAAAUUUCUCUAUUGUUACGAAUGAGCAGAGUGAUACCCCUAUAGGCUUCAAUAUCACGUUUUCGGGUAUGCUUAUCCUUGGGACUGAGAUGGGUUUGGAAUUUCCGGUUGGACAAAAUGAUCUUGAUAGGAUUCUUCACCUCCGGGAGGUGGAGCUGAAAAGACUUCUUGGGGAUAAAUCCGAUGGGAGAAAAGAAUAUAUGGCUUAUGUUGCUGAAGGGCUAGGAAACCUGCUGGACUGGAAUCAAGUUAUGAAGUUCCAGAGGAAGAAUGGGUCGUUGUUCAACUCUCCUUCCACAACUGCUGCUGCACUAAUCCACAAUUUUGAUGACAAAGCCCUACACUACUUAAAUUUGUUUGUCAAUAAAUUUGGUGGUUCAGUGCCAACAGUUUAUCCAACAAAUAUACAUUGUCAGCUUUCAUUGGUAGAUUAUCUUGAAACCAUCGGGAUAUCUCAUCAUUUUUCUAGUGAGAUAAAGAGCAUCCUGGACGUGGCACACAGUUUCUGGUUACAGAGAGAUGAGGAAAUCAUGCUAGAUGUAGCAACAUGUGCAAUGACAUUCCGUCUUUUGCGAAUGAAUGGAUAUGAUGUUUCCUCGGAUGAUCUGUAUCAUGUUGAUGCAUCCACCUUCCAUAAUUCACUUCAGGGAUAUUUAAAUGAUACAAAAUCUAUAUUGGAAUUGUACAAAGCUUCAAAAGUCAGUGUAUCAGAAAAUGAAUUUAGCCUAGAUAACAUAGGCUACUGGGCAGGCAGGUUAUUGACAGAAAAAUUGCUCUCCGAGCGGGUGCAAACAACGGCAAUAUUUCAAGAGGUUGAGUAUGCUCUUAAAUUUCCCUUCUAUGCCACAAUGGAACGUAUAGGCCACAAGAGGAACAUUGAACACUUCGAUGUUUGUGGUUCUCAAAAGCUAAAGACAGAACAUCUGCCAUGUCGUGUCAGCCAAGAUUUCCUGGCUUUGGCUAUUGAAGAUUUCAGUUUUUCUCAAUCUAUUUACCAGGAUGAACUCCUGCAUCUUGAAAGUUGGGUGAAAGGGAAUCGGCUGGACCAAUUACAGUUUGCACGGCAGAAGCUGGCAUAUUGUUAUCUUGCUGCUGCUGCUACUAUAUUUCCUCCUGAACUGUCUGAUGCUCGCAUGUCGUGGGCCAAAAAUGGUGUGCUCACAACCGUUGUUGAUGACUUCUUCGAUGUUGGGGGAUCAAAAGAAGAACAUGAAAACCUCGUAACUUUAGUUGAGAAGUGGGAUGAUCACUCCAAAGAUGAGUUCUGCUCUGAGCAAGUGAAAAUAUUGUUUUAUGCUAUCUAUACUACAGUCAAUCAGCUUGGAGUAGUAGCUUCUGCAAUACAAAACCGUGAUGUUCGAAAGCACCUGAUAGAAUUAUGGCUACAACUGUUGAGGUCUAUGAUGUCUGAGGCAGAAUGGCGGAUGAGAAAAUAUGUGCCAACAGUUGAGCAAUACAUGUCAAAUGCAGUUGUUUCCUUCACACUGGGGCCCAUUGUGCUCACAUCGUUGUACUUUGUUGGGCCAAAGCUCUCGGGAUGUGUUAUCCAAGAUCAAGAAUACAAGGAGUUAUUUAGGCUAACGAGCACAAUUGGUCGUCUCCUCAAUGAUAUCCAAGGACUUGAGAGGGAGAGCAGGGAGGGAAACCUGGAUUGUGUCUCACUACUUGUUCUCCACAGUGGUGGUUCUAUGUCAAUUGAAACGGCUAAAGAAACGAUACAGAAGGCCAUAGCCUCAUGUAGAAAAGACUUGCUAAAGCUGGUUCUUAGGGAAAACACAGUUGUUCCUAGGCCAUGCAAGGAGCUGUUCUGGAAGAUGUGCAAGAUAGUUCACUUGUUCUACUCUCAGACUGAUGGAUUUAGCUCGCCAAAUGAAAUGGUGAGUGCGGUUAAUGCAGUUAUCAACGAGCCGCUAAAACUCCAAAUCAACAAUCGACCUUUGCCCAUGCAGUCAGUAAAUUAA